AUGCUUCAAAAAAAUCCAAACUCCAAACCGCAGCAAGUUGAAAUCAUUGUAGAAGAGCUCCAGCUUGAAACUCUUAAAGAAUUCGAGAGGAUCAAAGCUGAUUCAUUAAAUCAAGCAGCCGAAAUAAAAACUAAACACAUCGAUAACAUCAAGGAAGUAUCUGUAAACCUCAAAACCAGCAUAGGCAUGUUGCUGCUGCAAAACAACCCACAUGAAAAUUACUUGAAAGGAACGGAAAAAUUGUACAAAGAAGCCAUCAAACAAAUCCACAAUAUUCAAGAGAGCAUGUGGUUGGAACUCAACGUUUGCACUGCCGAAACUAAAAACGAAAUCAAAAACUACUACGAAUCGGCUAAAGAAAUUGUCGAUGAAGAUGAUACAAGAUUGGACAAAGUUUACAAAAAUUGCAAGCGUUUUCUGGAAAAGCAAAUGAAGAAAACUUAUUUCGAGGUGAAGCAAAUCGGCAUUCGGAUGCAAGAGGAAAUUAUUACGGUUUGUAGAAAGGUAAAAAAAAAUCAGAUGUUAAUAAAGAAGCAUGAGAAUUACUUUUGA